CAAAAUAAAAAUAAUUAUUUUUCGCAAAUAUUUUGAAGUUUUAAAGAAGAUUCAUAUCCUCAGGUAUGAAUAUCAUGGGUUAAAAUGAGGAUCUAACAUUAUCAGAAUUUUCAUCAAACAUGUAUAUUCUUUUGCUAGUAAUAGCUAUGGCAAAUAGAAUCAAUCUUAUAUCAUCAAGAUCGAUUGUGUUUAAAGUUUCAAAUCUCGACGCCAUUGCUUCAAGUAAAAACUUCGCCCUUAACGAAAAUUUGAUAGAAGUUAAAUAUUUUCUGAGAAGAAUGAAAAGAUCCCCUUCAAAAAACCUUCAACCCGUACUGAAUAAAGAUCCCACAACAGGAAACAAGGUUAUGGACACAGACAAACGUCGCCAACUCUUGAUCUACAACCCUAUGAGCGGCGGGGUUUCUUAUUUGCCCACAAAUAGUCUCUAUACUUCCGGAUCCCAAUUAACGAAUCCUUUCUUGUCAGGAACUCUGGCAGGCAACGGCUUGGGAAUGAGUCCUUUUAACACGGUAAACCUCGGAGGACCGACAUUAUUAAACCCUUAUGUUAUGACAAACGGUAUGAACCCCUUUGCCACAAACGGUAUGAGCCCCUUUGCCACAAACGGCAUCAACCCCUUUAUCAUGAAUGGAAUGAACCCUUUUGCCAUGAACAAUCAAUUUAUGAUGCAAAAUUUUGCUAACCCCUGGUUUAACAAUGGUCUCUACCUUAACACCGCCUUUAAUGCCUUCAACAACCCUAUAAAUCUUCUGUCUUCCGCUAACAAUGGACUUAGACUUAAUAACAUGGCCUUCUAUAACAAUAUGCCUCUUUCCAGAGGGGGCACGGCUUUCAUCCCCAGCGUAGGAAACAGUAUGAACGCGCUGGAACUAGCUGGCACACAAAUAGCGGCUGCCGGAAGUACUGGGGGAGGUCUAAGAAACUUUGGAGCUAUGGGUUCGGUUGGUUUUAGACCUGCAUACACCAACGCCUUUAUUGGCUCCGGGUACGGGACUGGCACAGGGGUUGGCUACAACUAUGGUAACAUCGGAUAAUUUUCUUCUAAAAUGAAAAUUUAACGUGGAUUCGCUAAUAAAUAAUCCUCAAAAAUCUUACGCAUUUAAAGCAUUAUAUAAAUAUUUAUGAUAAUAUGCACAGAUUUCGUACUUUAUGACCAUAAAUCUAUAUUAUUUAAUAUUCUGUAAUGAAAAAAACAUAU